AUGCAGACUUUCCAGAGCCUGAGCCAGCCUGCGCGGCGCGGAGCCCUGAGCAGCGCCAUGUCCCUGCACACGGCCAGCAGCGCCCUGGCAGCCCUCCUCAUCCUCACCAUCACAGCCUGGCCAAGUGCUACAGCAGAUCUUCAGCAGGCCACAACAAAUCAGAGGCAGGUCCUUGAUCAGAUAGAUGCUGUGUGCACAUCUUACUUCUCAGGAGACCUGACGUUUUGGGCAUCUGAUCUUUUAGGAGAACUCUGUGCCUUGAUGAUGAUUCAGAAGUCAAAGGAGCUGAGAGUGGAAGAAAAUAACAAAAGAACUUCUCAGGUGCACCCUCUCCUGCAUCUAGUUUCUCAGCUCCAUACCAGAAGAGAGAGAGGAGUCUCCAUGCACGCUGAACUCCAGGGGCCUGGAGGAAUUGAGAGCAGAGGCUACUUCCUCUACCGGCCACGAAAUGGAAGAAGAUCCCUAGAAUAUGAAUAA